UAUCUGGAUAUAUAGUAGCGCCAGUUAAAAGCGAUUAAUACGAGAGAGGAAAAAAAAAAGAUGGAGAAUUCGCGAGCAUUAUCGAAGUGGUCGCAUUCCAAAUUCUUUUCGUCUCUAAAGCAGGUUGAAAAGAGACUAAAAUUAGAGCAAACAGCACCAGUAGAAUCUGAAUCUCAAGAGACACAAGGAAGCGACUCUGUUUCUAGUUGUUCAGCCAUGUUCCUUGGCAGUGCUCAUGGCUAUGGUGUUGUUCCCCAAGAUAGCAGUGAACCUCCUCUUGCGUUCCUCUCUAUUCCUCAAGGAUUCACAGCUACUCUUCCAUGUAGUGAUGGAACUGUAAACAAUGCUACUCAACGUGAUAAGACUGCAGUGACUGAUGAUGAUGACAUUGAGAGGCUAAUGCAGCUCUUGGGCUUAUCGGAGAAGGAACAACGGGAUGAUGAUCUUGAAGAAGAUGGGGAUUCUUGCCACUGUGAAGGUGGGUUUCAUUCAAAGAUCGUUGGAGUGGUGGGGCCCAAGUGUCGCAGGGAGGUGAAGCGGUUAGAUGGUUGGAUCAAACACUUCCUCAGUGGUGGUGGGCAAGACAAGUUAGAGCCUUUGAGACUUGCUCAUUUACUUUUAGGGAAAGCUGCUUUUGUUUCUGAGGGUUCUGAUGGUGCUUUUGGAGGAUUGGAGUUCCCUUCAACCAUUCAAGAAUUUCUUCAUAAUGAUCCUCCCACUAACUGAGGCAAUCAUCUUGUAUGACCUAUUCAGCUUUGUUGUUUUGUUCCAUGAUUUUCUUCUGUUUCCAUGUUAUAAGUAAUAUGUAGAUUUCAAGAUUUGCCUUCCAAAUUCAUAUCAUUUUCAGUGGAUAGUAUAGUUUUAGUUUGCCUUAUUUCUUAUAUGAUUAUAUGAUAAGAUCAUGUAUUUUGUAAGUUCCUUGAAUGCCACCUUCCAGCUUUCUGAAU